AUGUAUUUAGGUAAAAACGCAAGACAAAAACGCGAAUUACUAGAUGCUCUUAGCCCAAUUCUCAAAUGGCUCAUCGGCACACCUGAUGCCAGAGACGCCAAGCGUUAUGACGAUUGUAUAAAUCAACUUGAAAAACAAGAUUCCGACCUUUCUUCGCUCAUGCUCGAACAAACUCAAAUUAUUUCAUCUACAGUUAAAACCUUCAAUGAAACUAUCCUUAAGAUUACCUACGACGAAUUUAUUAUUAAUGAAAAUAUAGAACGCCUAAAUAAAUAUUUGAACUCUACCCAAUCAUUGAUAUUUAGUCUCAAAGCUAGCCAAGAUGUGUCAACUAUUUCACUUCAAAUCCUAGAAUCCGUAAUAAAUCUCGAAAACGAAAUUAACGAUUGCUUAACAAGCAUUCUUUUUGCAAAAACAAAUACAAUUCACCCAUCAAUUAUAUCUUUGAAAAAACUCUAUCAAGAACUCCUCCUAUCUAACCACAUUCGUACAAAUAAACAUCUAGUCGUCACUGUUACCCCUCAAAAUAUCCAUACAAUUUUAGAAUCUUCGUCCUUAUCAGCAUAUGUGUAUUCAGAUAAACUUGUAUAUAUAUUAACAUUUCCCUUAAUUCAAAACGAUCCCCUUGACCUAUAUCAUGUUUACUCAAUCCCUAUCAAACAUCCGAACUCCUCUCUUCAUACAACUAUCCUUCCCGAGCACGUGUACCUGGCUACGAACCCAAACGGUCAAACCUAUGUGUCAACGAGCAACCUAGACACCUGCACAACGUACACCGCCGAGAAGAAAGUCUGCACCAACCUCAUCGCUUACGACGCUACAGCUCGCCCCCUUUGCGAGCUUCAAAUACUUCAUAGCAUCUCCAAAUCCCUUCCAAAAAUCUGCAUCACUUCAACCUUCGAGGCCGACAUUAACACAUUUCAGUACAUAGAUAAUAACAAAUGGCUCUACAUAUUGUCCGAUGAAACCAACUGCGUCCUCCAGUGCGCUAACGAAGUCACGCACCAUAAAAUACAAGGCGCAGGCAUACUAACUCUACCGAUAAACUGUAAACUUCACACCGGAUACAGCACGUUGUCAGCAUACCGAAAUUCAGAAGAAAACAUAAGUUAUCCUAUCAUAAUACCCGACAUAAGAACAGAUGACUGUUUCGAAGAAUACAAAAACAUAGAGAAACCCGACCUCAUACCUAUCAAAAUUAGUGAAUUACCUUUGGAUUCCUUAAGACAGAUAAAAACCCAUAUAGACAAAUAUGGAGAUGAAAUAAAGAAAAUCAAAUCCACAACCUUUACUCAAAGAAACACAUCCACCUUCUCUUGGAUUUACUUUACACUUGGAAUAAUGAUGUUAGCCUAUAUCGUAUACAAAAUAUGCAAACGCUGUCCCAAUGGACUUCUCCUACGCCGUCGAGCACCAAAUUCUCCAAACCGAGACUCCAACGGAUGCAUCCAGAUAUUUAAUAACUGCUUCGCAAAUUCAUCCCGACAACAGAGAACCCAUGUCGCAAUCCCCAUGACUACAAUUUCAACUAGCUGCGUCACAGAAGAUGAAGAUGAAGACGUCGAACCACGUUGUCAACCAAUAUCACCCGCUUCUACUAUUUCUACGACAUCUAAAAGAUCAGGCGCUAACGCCCAAUCUUUAUUCUAAGGGGGGAGGUGUUAUAUAAUAUGAUCUAUAUACCUAGUUUUAGUUAUUAAGUUGUUACUCACAAGUUUAUUUACCUUUCCCAAUAGCUUUGUACUUUGAAAUCCUAAUUAGUUUGUUAGUUACUUUAUUUACACUUCCCAUCUAUAAUUGUAAACAUCCUCAUGUCUUAAUGUGUUAUUUGUAAUUAGUGUUAAGUUAUCUUAAAUGGUCCUGAGACCAAAAUGUAUUUACUGUUCUCAUGUUUACCCUAAUAUCUUAAUGAGAUUUGUCUCCCUUAUAAGCAGUACUACGUCCCGAA